CGGGCUUCAUCGUACACCACAAUGAAAUAUAUAUUUACCCUUGAAGAAACAGCAGCCGAAAGGACGGGAUCUCCGAAUGAAAUAUCAGUGCCUAGAAAGAGUUUUUUGCUUGUUUCUUCUCACAGUUUACGGUUAAAAAUAAACCAUGCACUUGAAUCCCAUAAGCACUCAAUCGUACUGGUUGAACAAUGCGCCAUUUCAAACGCCAUCUAAAGAUCCAUUGCCAUCCGAGGCCGACAUUGUCAUUAUCGGAGCGGGUCUAACCGGCAUGUCGACUGCAUACUGGCUUAUGCAGAUGCAGCCAAAUCUCAAGGUAGUUGUGGCUGAUGCACGUGGAGUGGCAAGCGGCGCAACUGGACGCAAUGGUGGUAUCAUGUCUCCAGGAUUGAACGACGAUUUUGAUGAAACCGUAGCUGUCUAUGGCGCUGAAGCUGCGCAGCAAUUGAUCGAUUUUGACUAUCGCAACGUGGAUAUGCUUACCCAGUUCCUGAAAGAGAAUGCAGAUCAGGAUAAGGGAUUUUUUGAUCCCGAACUGACUUUCACAAAGGGAACCAUUAUAGCGUGGUCGACGAUCCAAGAAGCCGAAGAAGGACGACCUGCUGCAGAAAGCUUGUGCAAGCGAGUCAAAGAUAUGCGGAUCAUUAGCCCAGAAGAACUCAAGCAGAUUCCAGGUUUCGAAUCGUUCCAGUACGGUGGCUUGCAUAUCAAGACGACGGCCAUUGCCUGGGCUGCAAAGAUUGUCUUUUGUCUUGCACGUUAUGUCGCGAAACAAGGCGUUCGCUUUGCAACGCAUACAAAGGUCGACAAUGUUGUCUGGGAUGAGAAGCGUAGCGUCAACGCAAUUUAUACGGACAAAGGCAUCAUCGAAGCACCUCGGGUGGCCUAUUGUACGAAUGCCUGGACAGCUCGCUUGCUCGAGCCUGUGCGGAAUGUUCUUGUCCCUGUGCGCAACCAAGUGGUGAGUGUCCGCUCUCCUGCUGGUGCACCACGACUUGAGUAUGUGUUAAGUGCGGAUCGAGGAUAUCAGUACUUGUCGUGUCGUCCCAACGGUGAUAUCAUCUUCGGCGGGAUGCGCAAUGUCGUCCCUGGCAAACAAGAGUAUGAAGACGACGACUCGACUUUGAACACGGCAGUAUCACAAGCCUUGCGGAAAUUCAUGGCCGAUGUUGUCAAUGUGCCUUCUGUCGAACGCGAAUGGGCUGGUGUGAUGGGUUUCACAAAGGACCGCAUGCCUCUCCUUGGGAGCGUAGAACAUAUUACUGGAUCGUCCAAGAAUAAGGGCCAAUACGUGGCGGCUGGUUUCACAGGCCAUGGUAUGCCCCGUACUUUCUUGUGUGGUCGGGCAAUAGCACAGCUUUUGACCGGCCAAGAUCUGGAUGAUUGGUUCCCUCCCGAAUUUCUUGUCGAGCAUCCUAGUCGUCAAUCGUGGUGGAAUAGCAACAUCGCCAAGAGCCACCUGUAGUUUUAUUCCUUACAUGUACUUUAUGCUUUUCCCCUGUGUAAUAAUCCUUCUUAUUGUAAUCUAGCGAAUUGUUGGUCUUU